GCUGCCUUACCUUUUGUUCCAUUCGGAAAUCUGCAACGGAGACUGCUUCAGCAUGGGGGAGAAGGGAACUGGGAGUUGGUGCAUGAUGUGAAAUAUCCACCCUUGCCUGGAGAUGAAAAAUCUGCCCCAGAUACCUCCUGCCCCACCUGAAAUUCCCUUGGCAGUGAGGAAUUGGAAAAAGAAGGAGCAAAAUGGGGAGCCAGGGGGACUGCAGUGUCAGGGUUGCGCUGAGGAUUCGUCCACAAAGCAGUAAGGAACAGGCUGAAGGAUGCCGUGUAUGUACAUGGGUUUAUGCUGGAGAGCCACAGGUGCUUUUGGGUAAAGACAAAGCUUUCACAUAUGAUUUUGUGUUUGAUAUGGACACAGACCAAGUCCAGGUCUACGAGACUUGUGUACGUGGGCUGGUGGAAGGUUGCUUUCAAGGCUACAAUGCUACUGUGCUGGCCUAUGGACAGACUGGUGCUGGGAAAACACAUACAAUGGGUAGUGGAUUUGAUCUUGUGGUAACGGAGGAAGAGCUGGGGAUCAUCCCACGUGCUGUGCGUCAGCUCUUCAGUACCAUACAAGAGCACAAAACUUCUGCUUAUGAGAGAGGACAGCCAGAGCCCAGCUUUAAAGUUAGUGCACAGUUCUUAGAACUCUACAAUGAGGAAAUUUUGGAUCUGUUUGACGUAUCACGCGAUCCUGACUCUCGUUAUCGGAAAUCCAACAUACGGAUCCAUGAGGAUGCUAGCGGAGGGAUCUAUGUUAGUGGUGCCAGCAUUCGCAGUGUCAGCUCAGAAGGAGAGCUAUUACAGCUACUGAAGGAAGGUGCUCUUUCUCGUACUACAGCCAGCACCCAGAUGAAUUCACAGAGUUCACGUUCACAUGCUAUCUUCUCAGUCCAUCUCCAACAAACUCGUGUUUCUGAGUCUUGCUCGGUGGACAGUUCUUCCUUGGAGUAUGAGACUUUGACUGCUAAAUUUCACUUUGUUGACCUGGCAGGAUCUGAACGUCUCAAAAGGACAGGAGCAACUGGAGAGAGAGCAAGAGAAGGGAUCUCUAUUAAUUGUGGCCUUCUGGCACUUGGGAAUGUAAUAAGUGCUCUUGGAGAUCAAAGUAAGAAGGUUCUCCAUAUUCCGUACAGAGAUUCCAAACUGACUCGACUACUGCAGGAUUCACUAGGUGGUAACAGUCAAACAAUGAUGAUUGCUUGUGUCUCUCCAUCUGAUCGUGAUUUCAUGGAAACCUUAAAUACACUAAAGUACGCAAAUCGUGCAAGAAACAUUAAGAAUCGUGUGACAGCCAAUCAGGAGCAGAGCGGACAGCAAGUACAGGCUCUUCGUGCAGAACUAGCCCGAGUGAAGUUGGAAUUACAGGAGUACAAGGCAGGUCAUCGAGUUGCUGGUAGUGAUGGUUUAAGUGAUAUGUGUCAGGAGCUGUCUAUGUUACGUAGCGAGAAUGCAUCAUUGCGACUUCGUGUUACUGCCCUACAAGAGGCUAUUAGAGCUAUCAAUGCUCGUGUCACUCGUAUGGCUGGACAAGAAGCUGCACGCUUGGUACAGCGAGCUGGUGAUAGUAAUGAAGAAAUACAAACUCUCAUUCAGAAUUAUAUCCAUGAAAUAGAAGAACUAAGAACUCGUCUGGUGGAGAGUGAAGCAAUGAAUGAAUCGCUCCGACGCAGUUUGUCCCGUUCAACUACACACUCAUUGGUGACUGGACCUGCAACCCCUACGCCAUCUUUAGAAGCAGAGGCCAGUGAAGUUGUACGAAGAGCAAAGGAAGAAGUGCAAAAUUUGAAAAAGAAAGGAAGUUCUUUACAGUCUGAUAACUACAAAAAGAGCCCGAAACAACAGCUGGAAAUCAGUGAAGAGACAGAUGAUAAUGAAGGAGAAGAGGAGGAUGGCCAUGAAGAAAGUGAAUGUGAUGAAGAGGAGAGUGAGGAAAGUGGAGAGAGUGAUGCAGAGUCAGACUCAGAACCUGAAGAGAAAAGCUCACUUGGGGGAGACCUUGCUGACUUGACUUGUGAGAUUGAAAUUAAGCAGCGCCUGAUAGAGGAGUUAGAGCAAAGUCAGCGACGACUACAAACACUCAAACUUCAGUAUGAGGAAAAAUUGCAGCAACUGCAGAGUCGGAUUCGUGAUACACAGCUGGAAAGGGACCGGGUGCUACGGGAACUUAGUUCCAUGGAAUGUUACACAGAGGAGAAGGCUAACAAGAUUCGUGCUGAUUAUGAGAGAAAGCUGCGGGAGAUGAAUCGAGACUUGCAGAAGCUGCAGUUGGCUCAGAGAGAGCAUACGCGACUUCUUAAAAAUCAGUCCCGUUAUGAACGCGAACUUAAGAAAUUGCAGCAGGAACUAAGUGAUAUGAAGAAGGCCAAGUCAGUGCUAAUGAAGCAGAUGCGAGAAGAACAGCAGCUCAGGAAGCUUGCAGAAUCAAAGAGGAACAAAGAAAUAGCUCAGCUGAAAAAAGAACACCAUAGACAAGAGCUUCACAUUAGGGCUUUGGAGUCCCAGAAGAGACAGCAGGAUAUAGUGCUGAGACGGAAAACCCAAGAGGUUUCUGCUCUGCGGCGUCUCUCUAGAAGACAACCUGAUCGAUCUGGAGGACGAAGCCACUCUGUUGCAGACUCUGGAGCAGAGUUAUCCACAAGCACAGCAUCUUCAGAACCAGAUAGUUCUACACGUUCCGUGUCCAGUAUUGUGCGCCAUUGGAAUCGAAAGACAAGUGGAGACAUUGGGCCAAUGCCUAAUGGGAAUUGUACAGCAAGAAGGAAAGGGGUACGGCCAGGCCUACCACUCAGUAAGGCUGCUCACAUGAAGUGGCAAACUUUGGAGAGAAGGGUUCGGGAAGUUGUCCUACAGAGACUUACUCUUCUUAACUUGGAGAGUGAUAUGGAAAGACUGCUGCGGAAACGUGAGGAGCUGUCACUUCUGCAGGAAGCUUUGAUAAGUCGUACUGUAGUCCCCCCAGAAGACAGGAAAGAAGAUGAAAAGGCACAGCAAGAUGUUGCUGAAGAACUAGAAGUUUUGACAGCCAAUAUUGAUUAUGUUAAUGACUGCAUUCGAGAAUGCCAGGCUACUAUUGUUCAGAUGGAGGAAACAAAGGAGGAUCUGGACUCAACAGACACAUCAGUUGUGAUCAGUUCUUGUUCUCUAACUGAAGCACGGCAUCUUCUUGAUAAUUUCCUGCGAGCCUCAAUAGAUAAGGGCCUGCAGGUAGCUCAGAAAGAAGCCCAGAUACGGAUUCUGGAAGGCCGGAUUCGGCAAACUGACAUGGCUGGCUUGUUACAGGCACACAUGCUGCUGGAGAAAUCAGAGUGCCACUCUGUACAGCAGGUAGAAAAUGGGUAUGCCAGCACAGAUGAAGAGGUGUCAGAAAUCAGCCAGACUUCCGAUGGAAGUGCUUCCUUGUCCUCUAUGAAAGGAUCCUACAGUCAAGACGACUUUAAGUGGAAGGGGGAACCACGACUUUCAUGGCAAGUAAAGGCAGUGUCUGCUGAGUCUCUGAGUCCGCUGCUUGAAGCUUCCACAAGAAACAUCACCAAAUCUUUAGCAUCAUUAACUGACAUCCUAGAAGAUGUUGGGGGAUACUCUCCAGGUGCUUUGCGGGGCAGAGCAUCACACAGCCUUACUCUUCCUAUACGUGGUAAUACAUUUCCAAGACAAUCCAGAGGUUUAAACACAUCCCCAGUGGCACGGAGAAAAUCAUACGACAGAGGACAGCCAAGGGCUUUAGACCCAAACCUAACACCUCCAUCAUCUCCCCCAAUGCGCCCUCGUAAUGACAAAAAUGUCUUUUCACGGCUAACAAGCAGCCAGAGUUCAGGCACAGCACUGGAUAAGUCUGAUGAGAAUGACAGCUCUUUCUCAGAUGUCUCCAGGGGGAAAAUAAUUCCAGUUGGGGGACUAAAGAGCAUGAGGACAGCUCCUUUGCAGUGUGUCGCAGUUGCUGACGGACAUACAAAGCCAGUACUUUGUGUUGAUGCUACAGAUGAGCUCCUCUUUACUGGAUCUAAAGACCGCACAUGCAAGCUGUGGAAUCUGGUAACAGGGCAGGAAAUUGCAUCCCUUCGCAACCAUCCCCAUAACGUUGUGUCCCUGAAACAUUGCCCAAACUCUGGACUGGUUCUUACAGCAUCUGCUUCUUUUGUGCGAGUAUGGGAUAUCCGGGACAAUGCACGCUGCGUGAGGACAUUGUUGUCAUCAGGCCAGGUAAUGUCAGGGGAUAUCUGCUCUGGGCUAGGUUUCCGUUCGGGAAGCAGCACUCAGGCAGAGCUGCAAAUUAAUCAGAUAACUUUGAAUCCUGAUGGCACAAUCCUGUAUACAGCAGCUGGCAAUGCAGUGAGAGCUUGGGACCUAACCAGGUUUCAACCUAUUGGAAAGCUGACAGGACACAUGGCUCCAGUCAUGUGUCUUACAGUGAGUAACACACAAAAUGGACGAGAUCUUGUUAUUACAGGAUCAAAAGAUCACUAUGUUAAGAUAUUUGAACUCUCUUCUGGAUGGGGAGGAGCUGUCCCCCCCACUUAUAACCUGGAACCUCCUCAUUAUGAUGGUAUUGAGUGCUUGGCUGUACAAAAUGGAAUCCUGUGCAGUGGCUCUCGAGAUAACGGGAUUAAAAAGUGGGAUCUACAGCAACAUGAGCUCAUUCAGCAAGUGCCAAAUGCACACAGAGACUGGAUUUGUGCUCUAGGAUUUGUACCAGGACGUUCAAUGUUGCUUAGUGGAUGUCGUGGUGGCAUUCUGAAAGUUUGGAACAUGGAGAACUUUACACCUAUUGGGGAGAUUAAAGGCCAUGAAAGCCCCAUUAAUGCCAUGUGUGCUAAUAGCCGUCACAUCCUUACUGCAUCUAGUGACUGCCGGGUCAAGCUAUGGGUAUAUAUUCCUGGUCUUACUCCAUGUCUCCCUCGACGUGUUCUGGCAAUCAAGGGCCGUGCUACUAGCCUUCCAUAACUUUCCAUUUAUUUUUCAUCUUUAACUGUUAUCUAUUGCUAACAUUUCCUCAUUUGUGUUUCAAUGAUGAGACACUCACCCCUGUAUAAAAGGAAAAACAGGUGAGAUAUGUUAAAAAAAACUGCACUGCAUUGGCUUUAACUAAAGGUUUAGUUACUUGUCCUGCCAUCUGCUAUUGCAGUGACUUCACAGUGAAAAUGUGGAGUAGAAGAGGAAGAAGCAUUGUUGGCAUUACGUGAAUUCUACGCUGAAAAAGCCCUGGAACAAAGAAUAAUAGAAGAAGCACACAUAUCUGGGUGAUUUACAGAACAUACGGAUGCAUAUACCAAAUUGCUCUCUUUCUUAAGUCUUCUUACGUUUUUAAGAAUCCUGGAACUACCUCACCAGAAAACAGAAAUUGCCUAAAAUCAUCUCAUGUUAUGGCAUAGACCAUUAUCUAUAUAGGAAAGGUAUGGUUCAAGAGAAAAUGAUUGAUUAAAAAAGGGGUGAGUUCUGAGCUUCAUUGUCCAUUGCCCUUCUCCUAGUUCUUGCCAGCAUGCUACUUUACUGUAUAUGACAACCCUUCCCUCUAUAAAACACUGCACAAUUACCCCUGCUGCCAGAUGUCCAGUGAAUUCCAUGCUUUAUUUCCUCUCACAUGUAUCAGCCCAAAAUAAAAUCAAAGGUACUACUUUUUACAAUCAGUGGGGCAAAUAAAUAAUGUACUGCUUUUUGCAGUUAUUUCAAAUCAAAGAGACAUGGAAGACAAAGCAAAUUUAUCCCUGAAACAGCUACCUCUUAAACUUCACAUUAAUGUAAAUGCCAUUUGUAGACUACUUACUAGGUUGCUGUGAGUGAAGGGGUUAAAUAACACUGGCAGUAAGGAAUCAUGUAUACAAAGUGUAAAAUGUCUAAAGCACAAAUUUUGACAGCAAGCACCAAGUGUUAAAUCUUAAUGUAUUAUUAAAGCUGGAACUUGUUCUCAGACUUAAUUGGUCUGACAGUAUUUUCAUGCUGCGCUGCUUUAUGUGUGAGGAAAGGAUAAGAACAGCAAACACCGUUUCUAUCAAUUCUCCAUAGUAAGUGAGAGGGAUUGAGAAAAAAAAGACAAUGUUUCUGACAAAAUAAUACAAUCAUUCUACCCUUUCACAAAUAUACUUCAUUCAGUAAUAAAAUUAGCCAUCUGGACUGGCUUAAGAUAGCCAUACAAGGCUGCCGAUUCAUCUCCUUCAGUCUGAGUUGGCAGCAUAUCUCUGCCUGUAUAUAGGGGGAACUCCAAUGGGCCUACCUACUGAUAUCUGGCCUAAAAUAGUCCUCAAUAGUGAUGGGCGAAUUUGUCCCGUUUUACUUUGCCAUGAAUUUUGCGAAUUUCCCACGAAAUUCACGAAACUGGUGAAAAAUUCAUGAAACAAUGAUUUUGCCACCGGCAACAAUUCACCAGCGAAUUUUCAUGGAAAUUCGUGAAUUCACUGGUGGCAAAAUGCGCAAAUUCGCCCGAAUUCGCUCCUGGAGAAUAAAUUCGCACCUCACUAGUCCUCACCAAACAAGUGGAUCUUUAAAUGUAUAGACCUGGAAUGACAUUUUCUACAUGGUAAAUGCAUAAACUAGAGACUCUCAGAGCUGACACUACACUGAUACCAUUAAGCAACAUUUAAGGUCAUAGAAGUCCAUAAGACAAAUAUUGUUAGGACAGUUUAAUUAACCUAGCCAAAUAAACAAAUAAACAUUGCUUAUCAAUAUUUCCUUAAACUUUGUUAGAAAUAAAAUGAAAUAAAAAAAGUGAUGACU